UCGUCACCGUCAGGAUAGGUAAUUUUUUCACCGUUGUGAACGGGGGCUUAAGACAUGUACAUUUCCACUAUCUUGAUAUUUGUGAUCGAGCUAGACUUUUAGUCUUACGAUGUGACAGGUGGUGCUUGUCGAUCGGAUAUCCCCCCUUUCCAUUUUUCGAUUCAUGUAUACAUAUAGAUGAGAAAUUGGUAAUGGAAGAAUCACUGGACUUCCUCUCUAUACGAGAGGAUGGAACAGAAGAUGGCAUCUUCCAGCAGCAGGGUCUGGAGAAAGUGGUGUACCAGAAUGACUCGCACUGCACCACAUUCCUACGGGAAAUGAACACAUUGUAUAGGGAUGAAAUGCUUACAGACAUUGUGUUGAAGGUCGACGGUCAAACAAUACUUUGUCAUAGGAAUGUACUUGCAGCUACAAGUGUGUAUUUCAAAGCUAUGUUUACCAUGGGACUCAAUGAAACGAUGCAAGAUGUAGUGGAUUUGAAUGAGGUGGAAUAUGAAACUGUCCGGGAUCUAGUGGAAUAUGCUUACACAGGUCAGCUAAGGAUUACCCAAGAUUCAGUGCAGAGCCUCCUUUCUACCUCCUCAUUAUUUCAGAUUUUACCAGUAGUAAAAGCAUGUGCCAAAUUCAUGGAAUCACAGCUUGAUGAUUCAAACUGCAUUGGAAUUUAUCAUUUUGCUCAAACUCAUGACUGCAAAGGAUUGACAAUCAGAGCGAAAGAGCAUAUGGAGAAAAAAUUCUCUGAUGUGUGCAAGUCAGAAGAAUUUCUUGGACUUCCAUUGGACAAGGUUAAGAACAUCAUUCAAAGCAAUGAGUUGAAUGUGGAAUCUGAAGAAGCCAUUUUCAAUGCAAUAGUUAGCUGGGUGGCUGAAGAUCCGGAGAGACAUCCAGACAUUGCAGAGUUAUUUCCCCAUGUGAGAUUAUCUUUACUAUCCUCCGAAUUUCUUUGUAAUGAAGUUUACCAAAAUGCAUAUGUGAACAGCUGUCCUGAAUGUCAGAGCAUUGUGGAAAGUUGGAGAAUUUUUGAGAAGUACCCCAAUAAGUAUUUAGGGCGGUACAAUUUUGACAUGACAAUGCGUGCAGGUAUGAUUCGGCCUGACCAUUGCCUCCUCUGGAUCGGAGGAUCAGACCCCAAACUGACACGGCCAAAGAUAAACUGUUACAAUCCUCUCACAAAAGAGACAUACCUCAUGCAAGAUUUUCCAACUGAGCGUCCAGACAAGGAAUAUGAAGCUGAAAAUGUUGGAUGCAUUGUCAGUCAAGACAAUGUUAUCUAUGUAGGGGGAGGGAAUUAUAUUUAUCAUGACCUUGACUUCGAAUUUAUAGACUCUGAUGAUUCGUGUGAUGACCUUGAAGAGAGAGUUGUUAGCAAGGAAUUUUUCUCUUUUGACAAUGACCACAACAGAUGGAUUAAAUUGUCUCCUAUGCUGUUUCCUAAAUCCAAUUUCACUCUUGCAGAAUUGUCUGGUAAAAUCUACUGCUUUGGUGGAGUGACUGAAAACCAGCAUCCCACGGAAAUAAUAGAAGUGUACAACAUCCAACAGAACAAGUGGAGCUACCAGGGCAUGCUACCCACCACAGUGGUGGAUCUAGCUUCUGUUACCUAUAAAGAAUACAUCUUCCUCCUGGGAGGAAGAACAGGUGUGGGAGCCCAUAACUUAGUGGUCAUGUACCACCCACAGAAAGGCCACUGGAUCACUCGGGCAGGCAUUCCUACACCACGAUUUAAUUUUGGGGCCUGUGUUGUGGAUGAAGAAAUCUAUGUUGCAGGUGGUCAAAUUUACUCUCACGUCACCCAUUCCAUUAGCAGGGAGGCUCUGAAAUCAGUAGAAAUACUUAAUGUUUCUCAGAACCAGUGGCGAUCUGGUCCAGACCUGCCUGUUGGCAUGUUUAAUAUGGGAUUAGAAUUAAUAAAUGGUGCUCUGUAUGCCUGUGGGACUGCUGAAUUCGAAGAGUGUACACAAUUUUAUCGUCAGAAUAUUGUGUGUCGUUUGGACUUUGGCACACUCACAUGGCAACAGAUUUGUGUGCUUGGUGACACCAGAAACUACAAGUGUAUAGCAGCCAAGCUGCACACGAGGAAACUCAAACAAAUAUUCCAAACCAAUGACACAGAUGAAGCAGAAGAUAGUUGAUUUUGAUUUCAAAAUGCAUAAUAUUUUUCAAAUGGUCAAAGACCACCCUUGGGCUCUCUUUAAAAAUAUAUAAAAUCUGAAUUAUAAGUUUUGUUUCUUUUCAGCUUUUUUUUUUUAAGUAAAAAAAAUCUCCUCUUGACAAGCACCACAGAACCAAAUCAUUCAGAACAUGUCAUUUCUCAUUUAUAUUGAAUAUAAAGGAAUCAUAUAGAAAGAACAAAAGGAAAGGUCCACAGGAGUUUUACAAUCUUAUGCACGAUGUAUAAAAUAAAAGUCGAAACUGGUUCCAUCUAAAUUUAUGUAUGCAUUUAUCAAGUAGUUAUAGUUCAUACAGGAAUGAAACAAAACAACAAAUGAAUAUUUAUUUGUGAAUAUCUUGUCGUGGUAAAAUAGCUUUGUUGGAGAUCGCCUUAACUUUAGAAAUAAUGAGCUUUAAUAAAAUUUUACCAAACUAU